GGAUGGAGCUGGAGGCCUCGCUGGAGCAGUCGGUGCAGACGCGCAUCUUCAAGAUCAUCGUCAUCGGCGACUCCAACGUGGGCAAGACCUGCCUGACGGUGCGCUUCUGCGGGGGCGCCUUCCCCACCAGCACCGAGGCCACCAUCGGCGUCGACUUCAGGGAGAAGGCGGUGGAGAUCGAGGGCGAGCACAUCAAGGUGCAGGUAUGGGACACAGCAGGCCAGGAGAGGUUCCGGAAGAGCAUGGUGGAGCAUUAUUACCGUAACGUCCAUGCCGUUGUCUUUGUGUAUGAUGUCACCAAGAUGGCCUCCUUCCUCAACCUCAAAACCUGGAUUGAGGAGUGCAAUGGCCAUGCGGUCCCGGCCCUUGUCCCAAAGGUGCUGGUGGGGAACAAGUGUGACUUGCGGGACCAGAUCCAGGUGCCCUCCAGUGUGGCCCUGAAGUUUGCCGAUGCUCACAAUAUGCUUUUGUUUGAAACCUCGGCCAAGGACCCCAAAGAGAGCCAGAACGUGGAGUCUAUUUUCAUGUGCCUGGCUUGCCGACUGAAGGCCCAGAAGUCUCUGCUUUAUCGGGACAUGGAGAGGCAACAGGGCAAGGGGCAGAAAACGGAGUUGGCACCAGAGGCCAGUGGCAAAAAUGCCUGUCCAUGCUGAACUGCUGACCACAAUUCUGACCGCUUAGUGAGUUGGGGGAGGGGGGGUGGCAGAGAAACUGAAUCAAGAUCCACUUGUCUCAAUCUAAGUUAAUGUUCACUUAAUAAUAAAAUUUGUAUGGCUCAC